AUGUUCUUAACGCGGCGUACAUUGGCAGUGCUGGCCGGCGGUAUCGCUUUUGCGGCAGCUUAUCUUUGGUACAAGAAACGACAACGAAUUUUAAUGCUAUCACGAAGCAGAAGUAGAAACAGAAAAACGGACGAAAUUGCUGGGUCCGAGAAGGAUUCUGGCAUGGUAAACGGUAACGUAUUAGCCAGUGAACCAGAAGAACAAACAGUUACUUCAGCGAUGGAUCAACUGCGGCUUGCUGAUACAGCAAAUGCUGAAUGCUUUGAAAAUAACGAAAAGGAAGAAAUUAUAGUAAUUUUUACGAUAUUAACUAGAAAGUUUUGGUAUUUCGUGUAA